AAAAAUCACGCAAGCAUGCCAAGUCACUUUUUGUUUAUUAAAGUAAGUUACUUUAUCUUUAUUGUACAGUUGAAGUCACUGCUGGCUGACUCUGAAAGAACAAAGCUAAUAAGGAAACUUAGUGAUGCUAAUCAAUACAACAGGUUCCUGAAACGCCAGUUGCAAACAAGGGAUGAUGCUCUAGCAAAUUUCAAAGGUGAACUUGCUGUCCUGGAACUUGAAAUUCAGGCCCUGGUUGGCUUGGCAGAAGAGGUAGCUAAUUCUGGCGUGCAGGCUCGUUCAAGAAAGAUUAAUGGAAAAUACAUUCAAUCCCAUCUGCUCUUCAGAUUAGAAGCUGUCCAUAGAAAAUUGAAGGAGCAGAUAAAGGAUGCUGAAUCUCUGAAGUUUGAAGAAGUUACUAUUUUCUGGAUUGGGAUGGCGGAGAGCGUGCAAGUGAUGGGAUCCUUUGACGGAUGGAGUCAAGGAGAGGAGAUGUCACCAGAGUAUUCUGGAUAUUAUGCCAAAUUUUCCACUACUCUCAAACUUAGGCCUGGAAGAUAUGAGAUCAAGUUCGUGGUAGAUGGAGAAUGGAAGCUAUCUCCAGAGUUCCCUAUUGUAGGUGAGGGUAUGACGGAGAACAAUUUGUUAAUUGUAAAAUAAGCCCAAGGCUUAAAACAUACAUAUUUACUGUACAUGAUGA